GUGGCCUGAGAAACGUAGCACUGGGAAAACUUUUGAGGAGCAGUGAGAGAGGGGAAGAGAUAGGGAGAGAGAGGGAGGCAUCACCACCGAGAGAAAUAGGAGACAAAGUGGAAGGAAAAUGAAAAAAGCUGUCAACAACUGAGGCCGCACUCCGGUCGGACGGACGGAGGGAUUUUCCUUACUGUUUGUGUCUUUUUCAUCAACCCCCGGCGGGACAGGCUUUUGGAAUGCCUGCCGAGAGACGCCGGGGACAGCGGCAGACGGAGUGAGGAGAGCCAUGCAAGACUUGGAUGAUGCCUUCUGCCGGGUCAGCUCACGCAAAAUGAGGGACUACCACGGGAGCGCUUCAUCGGGGCUCGGCCAGCUUGGAAAGGAUGCCAGCUGCUAGCACGAUGACUGGUGGGAGGGCGCUGCUGCUCUGUACAAACACUGACAACUGUAUCUACCGAUCAGUCAACGGACUCCAGUGCUGCGGCUUGAAAAUUGGGGAGACUCCGUCGUCUGUGGUGCCGCGGCGCCAAGAGCUGUGCGGGCUACCAGGGGACAGACACAAGAGGGACACCGCUGUGCCCCCCAUUCGUCCCGUCUCUCCACCAAUCAGCCCGCGGGACUCUCCCGGUCCCCCCGACAGCAUGCUGACUCACAGGAGAGCCGCCAGCGCCAGCGAACCAACGACUCCCAACGUGGAGAACGGACAGUGCGGAAAGCUGAAUAAGGGCCAAGCAGGAGUCAAGGCGGCAAGUAUCCGCGAUAAAAUCUCCCAGUGGGAGGGCAAAAAGGAGAGCGGCCAAGCGAUUUCUAUGGACGCUUGUCCGCUCGGCACAACGCAGAAGGAAAUUGAAUCGGUCAGAAAAAAGGACUCGAAACCUCCGCAGGUCCAGCGGACGAACAGCAAGAGGUUUGUAAGCUGGGAGAGGCAAGACUCAGGAAAGGAAAAUGUCGGAAAACUCGGGGAUGUCAGGACUAAAUCUCCGGAAGGCCCAACGAACAAGGCCAAAGAAGUCAUUCUCGAGCGAGGACUGCGGGCUACUAAGGCAACGGAGCAACCCCAAGACAAGAAAACUGUUUUAACUCACGUUAAGAAACUGGAAAAGGCGACCAAAGAAGUUCAGAGUGGAACGUCACUGGCGUUUCCGGGGAAUUACUUCUGCCCACCGUCAAAAGAGGAGCUGGACGAAACAGAAAAGCGUGUUAACGAACCCAUUUUUGGGACUUUUGACGUGUCUAGGCCUGUUGGCUCGAGGUGGAGGAGAGAGGGGGAUCCAGAGAACGUAUACAGCGAGCCAGGCGCUCCGUCUAUUAACCCUUUGCCAAAACCUCAGAGAACCUUCCAGCACCACACGCCGCCUUCUACCCCAAUUUCAGGGCCCGGCUCCUGUAAGGGCAAGAGGACAUUGCCUCCUUUGCCCUCCAUUCCACCUCCGCCACUACCCACCUGCCCGCCUCCCGGAGUUUGCAGGAGACCGUGGACGGACAGAUCACACGACAGCAACAACAGACCCUCCCUCCAAGGAGAAUCCCUACGAAGACAUCGAGCUGGAGAGAAGUUGCCUUGGGAGCAAAUGUGUAUCACCUGCCUCGUCUUCGCCCAUCUGUGCUCCAAGCCUGGCUUCUUCAGACAGAACUCCGAGAGACGGAGUUUCAAACUCUUGGAGUUACGCAAGACCAACAGGGACGCCGGGGUGUCCACACCGUCACGUGCCAGCCCGCCUUCCACGCCCAGCAGCCCGGAUGACACCCCUUGUCUCUCCGGGGACCCAUCUGGAAAUAUUUUUGGGGACGAUUUUAUAACAGGGUAUUUCACAAUCGAGAUGUUUCUGUUUUAUUUUCCUCAAGACCCUCCCUCCAAGGAGAAUCCCUACGAAGACAUCGAGCUGGAGAGAAGUUGCCUUGGGAGCAAAUGUGUAUCACCUGCCUCGUCUUCGCCCAUUCCUGACACCCCCAUUAAGCUGUGCUCCAAGCCUGGCUUCUUCAGACAGAACUCCGAGAGACGGAGUUUCAAACUCUUGGAGUUACGCAAGACCAACAGGGACGCCGGGGUGUCCACACCGUCACGUGCCAGCCCGCCUUCCACGCCCAGCAGCCCGGAUGACACCCCUUGUCUCUCCGGGGACCCGUACAACCGGCGGCGGAGGAAAAUCCCCAAGAUGGUGAUGAAAAUCAAUGGGAUCUUUGAGGCUCGGAGAGGAAAAAAGCGCAUGAAGAAGGUCUCCACCGAGUCUAGCUCAGGGAGAGUGACCGAUGAGAACAGCGAGUCAGAAAGUGACACAGAGGAGAAACUGAAAGCUCAUAGCCAGAGGCUGGUGUCGGUCCAGUCCAUGCUGAGGCAGACGGGGCGGUACCGGACCUUGGACAGGGAUCUGAUGGAGGACAGAAAACUCUUUGAGUACUUCAUUGUGGUGGCCCUCCAUAAAACCAAAGCCGGAGUCCCUUAUCUGCCGGAAGUCACGCAGCAGUUCCCUCUCAAACUUGAACGAAGCUUCAAGUUCAUGCGGGAGACAGAGGACCAGCUGAAGGUCAUCCCUCAGUUCUGCUUCCCCGACGCCAAGGACUGGGCGCCUGUCGACAACUUCCCCAGCGAGACUUUUUCAUUUGUACUGACCGGUGAGGAUGGAAGUCGUCGAUUUGGCUACUGCAGACGAUUACUGCCCAGCGGUAAAGGUCGGAGGCUCCCAGAGGUCUACUGCAUCGUCAGCCGAUUGGGCUGCUUUGACCUCUUUUCGAAGAUCUUGGACGAGGUGGAAAAGAGGAGAGCCAUCUCGCCCGCGCUGGUGCAGCCCUUCAUGAGAGGCAUCAUGGAGGCUCCUUUUCCUGCGCCGGGAAGGACCAUCAGUGUCAAAAACUUCCUCCCUGGCUCUGGGACAGAGGUGAUCGAGCUGUGUCGGCCGUCCGAUUCUCGUCUGGAACAUGUCGACUUUGAGUGUCUCUUCUCCUCGCUGAGUCUGCGCCUGCUCCUGCGAGUGUUUGCCUCCCUGCUUCUCGAGCGCCGGGUUAUCUUUACUGCAGACAAGCUCAGCACCUUGUCACAAUCUUGCCAUGCCGUGGUGGCUCUCCUCUACCCGUUCACGUGGCAGCACACGUAUAUUCCCGUGCUGCCGCCUUCCAUGUUGGAUAUCGUGUGCACCCCGACCCCUUUCAUCGUUGGGCUGCUCUCCAGCUCGCUGCCUCGACUGAAAGAGCUUCCUAUAGAGGAGGUCUUGGUGGUCGACCUCGGCAAUAGCCGCUUCCUACGACAGAUGGACGACGAGGACUCCAUUCUCCCCCAUAAGCUGCAGGCAGCUCUGGAACAUGUACUGGAGAAGAGGAGGGAGCUGGCCUCGGAUAAAGGAGACAGCGACUCCAGCUCCCUCAGCACCGUGGUGUCAGAGGCGUUUGUGCGCUUCUUCGUGGAAAUGGUCGGCCAUUAUUCGCUCUUCAUGGGCGGGUCAGAGCGCGAGGACGAGUCGUCCGUCUCGUCUCCCGCUUCGCCCGGUCCCUCCUCUUCCUCUUCCUGCGCCGCAUCCUUUCAGCGGGAGGCCUUUCGUAAGGCGGUCACCUCCAAAAGUUUGAGGAGGUUCCUGGAGGUGUUCAUGGAAACCCAGAUGUUUACAGGUUUCAUCCAGGAGAGGGAGCUGCGCAGACAGGGCCUCAGAGGCCUGUUUGAGGUGCGAGCACAGGAAUACCUUGACUCACUUCCUGGCAGUGAACAGCGAGGCGUCAACAAGUUCUUAAAAGGCUUAGGAAACAAGAUGAAAUUCCUCUCCAAGAAGUGACGUUAACAAACGUGAUGACAAAAGAAGGAGGGAAGAAAAUAAAAUGAGUAGCUUUCAAAUGAAAGGAAGGACCUUUAAAGUUGAAGAAACUCGUUGCAAGUUGUUUUGAGAACUCUGACCCCCCCGGAUGAGCUUUCUCUGGAAAGCAAAGCACAGUGUAAAUACUUCAGGAACUUUCCGGACAACUCAUACAUUCCAACUAUUUCCUAUAGAAAAUUUUGACACUACUACAACUUCUUCUUCAACAGGAGGCUUCGGGUUAAUUUAUAUUCUUUGUUGUUGUUUUUGUUUUUUUUCUUAAGUAAAUGUAAUCUCCCUUUGUGUGUGUGUGCGCGCGCGCGCGCGUGCGCGUGUGUGUAUAAAGAAACUCCUGUAGCGUGUUCAUCGGCUUUUAUUUAACAAGAUCCAGACUCAUUGGGUGUACGUACCACUGUGUUGAGUAAAUUAACAGAUUUGCAUGUUUAUCACCGGCGUAGGAUUGAGCACCAAACGAAAAGGCAAGAGGGGGAGAAAAUGUGAAGACGAGCAGAAAACGAAUGUGAACGUCUCUCAAGUGUCAAAAGGCUUGGCGGAGGGAUGUGUGAGGCUGACGCGUGUUGAUGUGGUAGGUGAAGCGGUGGCGAUGGGUUUGCGUGAACCUUUGAGAAUGCAACUUUAUCAAUAAAGUUGUGGAUUUGUAUUUGAUGUAUAUAACACUUUCAUUUGGACUGCGGCGUCAUGAUGUUGAAAGCAGGGUACACACACAUGCUGAUCUUUAUUUACACUGUGAACAACACAGGGCAAGGAAUAUAAAAAAAAAUCUAUUUUAAAGUGCCUCCGAUUAACCCCAAAUAAAUUUCUGAUGUUCUCGAAGGA